CGGCACUGACUCGUUGUUUAUCCGGAAGCGCGGUCAGAGGAGCCCGCCGCGCUUUGUCUCGUUUGGUUUAGUUUAGUUAAAGUCGUCCGGCGGGUGGAGCGGAGCCUCUCCGGAGCAGCGCCGCGUCUAAAGGGUCCGAGCAGCGGACAGCUGGAUGAUGGAGGUGGCGUAUGUGUGUGAGUGGGAGCGGCGGCCUAAGAGCACCCACUGCCCGUCGGUGCCGCUGGUUUGCUCGUGGUCCUGCAGGAACCUGGUGGCGUUCACCGCCGACCUGAAGAACGACGACGACGACAAAGAUGUCAGUCACAUGAUCCACAUCAUCGACACGGAGCACCCGUGGGACGUCUACUCCAUCAACUCCGGACACACCGAGGUCAUUUCCUGUCUGGAGUGGGACCAAUCAGGCUCCAGGCUGCUGUCAGCAGACGGUGACGGGCAGAUCAGGUGCUGGUGGAUGUCGGAGCACCUGGUGAACAGCUGGGAGAGCGGGCUGAGCAGCUCGCUGGACGGGGAGCCGGUGGUCGCUCUGAGCUGGUUACACAACGGGGUCAAGCUGGCCCUGCACGUCGAGAUGUCGGGUUCCACCAACUUUGGCGAGAAGUUCUCGCGGGUGAAGUUCUCUCCGUCCCUGACUCUGUUUGGCGGGAAGCCGAUGGAGGGCUGGCUGGCGGUGACGGUGAGCGGGCUGGUGACCGUGUCGCUGCUGAAGCCGGGCGGCGCCCUGCUGACGGCGAGCGAGAGCCUGUGCCGCCUGAGGGGCCGCGUGGCGCUCGCCGACAUCGCCUUCACCGGGGGAGGGAACAUCGUGGUGGCCGCCACCGACGGCAACAGCUCCUCCCCCGUCCAGUUCUACAAGGUGGUGGUCAGUGUGGUCAGUGAGAAGUGUCGUAUUGACACUGAGUUGCUGCCGUCUCUGUUCCUGCGCUGCACCACCGACCCUCUGAGGAGGGACAAGUAUCCGGCCGUCACUCACCUCAAGUUCCUGACCCGCGAGAACUCCGAGCAGGUCCUGCUGUGUGCGUCCAAUCAGAGCGGCAGCAUCGUUGAGUGCUGGUCGCUGAGGAAGGAGGGACUUCCUGUCAACAACAUCUUCCAGCACCGCUCGCCAGUCGUGGGUGAGAAGCAGCCGACCAUCCUGAAGUGGCGAAUCCUGUCGGCCACCAACGACCUGGAGCGCGUGUCGGCCGUGGCGCUGCCCAAGCUGCCCAUCUCCAUCUCCAACACCGACCUGAAGGUGGCGUCGGACACCAAGUUCUGCCCGGGGCUCGGCUUGGCGUUGGCCUUCCACGACGGCAGCAUCCACAUCCUGCACCGCCUCUCUCUGCACACCAUGGGCGUUUUCUACGGCUCCUCCUCCUCCGGGCCCGGCCAGCGGCCCGGCGACGACUCCGCCAUCAAACGCCAGCGGACCGCCGGCCCCGCCCUCCAUUUCAAAGCCCUGCAGUUCUCCUGGACGUCGCUGGCGCUGGCCGGAGUCGACAACCACGGCAAGCUCCACAUGCUGCGAGUGUCGCCCUCCAUGGGGCAGAUGCUGGACAUGAACACCACCCUGCGCCACCUGCUGUUCCUGCUGGAGUACUGCAUGGUGACGGGCUACGACUGGUGGGACGUCCUGCUGCACGUCCAGCCCACCAUGGUGCACAACCUGGUGGAGAAGCUGCACGAGGAGUACAUGAGGCAGAACCAGGCGCUGCAGCAGGUUCUGGCGACUCGCAUCGUGGCGGUGAAAGCGUCGCUGUGCAAACUGUCGUCGGCCACGGCGGCUCGAGCCUGCGACUUCCACGCCAAACUGCUGCUGAUCGCCAUCAGCUCCACCCUGAAGUCACUGCUGAGGCCGCACACGCUCAACACACCUGACAAGAGUCCAGGUGACCGGCUGACUGAGAUCUGCGCCAAGAACACCGACACAGAUAUCGAUAAGGUGAUGAUCAACCUGAAGACGGAGGAGUUUGUGCUGGACGGCCCGCCCCUCCAGUCCCUGCAGCAGCUCAUCCAGUGGGUGGGAGACUUCGUCCUCUACCUGCUGGCCAACCUGCCCAAUCAGGGCUCCAUGGUGCGUCCCGGCUUCGGCUUCCUGCGGGACGGCUCGUCGCUCGGCAUGCUGCGAGAGAUGCUGGUGAUGAUCCGCAUCUGGGGGCUGCUGAAGCCCGGCUGCCUGCCCACCUUCACCGCCACGUCGGACAGCCAGGACAGCAUGUCCCUGCUGUUCAGGCUGCUCACCAAGCUGUGGCUGUGCUCGCGGGACGACGGCCCCCCCCAGGAUCCUGACGACAGCCUGAUAGACGAGUGCUGCCUGCUGCCCAGUCAGCUGCUGGUGCCCAGUAUGGACUGGCUGCCCGUCAACGACGGCGUCAUCGUCAAGCUGCAGGGCAAGCAGCCGCUGCGCCUGCAGUUUGGGAAGGCCGCCUCGCUGCCCGGCCUGGGGGGCGCCGCCCCGCUCGAGGUCUUCACCAGGAGUCCUGGCUCUCAGAGGAUGGAUAACCUGCGCUGUGUCCACAUGGGAGUGUGUCCAACUGAGGAGAGCAAAGCCUGCACCAGGUGCGGCUGUGUGACGAUGCUUCGAUCUCCCAACAAAACCAACGCCAUGAAGCAGUGGGAGCAGCGCUGGAUCAAGAACUGCCUGUGUGGCGGUCUGUGGAGGAGGAUCCCGCCCACCUUCACCUGAGCACACACACCUGGGACCUCUUCAUCGCCACGUGGGACGUCCUGCACCUGGUUCCACCAGAUGUUUCUUUGGUUCUGGGUUCCUCGGGUUCCCUGUGUUUAGAUCUGAUGGUGAAUAGAACUCAUUCUGUGUCAUUUUGUCCUAAAAGCAACGCGAGAACCAGCUCGGAGCCUCUGAUUGGCUGAGGAGACUCACGGCUCGUUUCUCAGCUGUUGAUCUGUAACAGCUCAGUGUUUUCAAACUGCGGUCCGGGGCCCCCAGGGGUCCUCGAGGGGAUUCCAGCAGGUGCUCGGCAACAUGAGGACAAAAUUAAAUGUUUGUGAAAGAACUGACCUUUAAAUCCCUCGGCGUCCUUCACUGUCGCUGUUUCUGCUGUUUGUAUCUCCGACUUCCUGCAUUCUGUAAAGCAAUUUUUAAAAUUCA